GUCCUCGACCCAGAGGCGGCGCAGCAGACGGCGCAGCUCCGCGAGGAGUGCAGGGCCUUCCUGGACAAAAUCGUAGAAUUCCAAAAAACAGUGGGCACCUUAAUCGAACUUGUGGAUCAACUGGCAAAAGCUGCCGAAAUCGAGAAGAUGAAGGCCAUCGGCGCACGGAAUUUGCUGAAGUCUGUAGCAAAGCAGAGAGAAGCUCAGGAACAGCAACUUCAGGCUUUAAUAGUAGAGAAGAAGACGCAGCUGGAAAGGUACCGAAUCGAGUACGAGACUCUGUGUAAAAUUGAAGCAGACCAGAACGAGUUCAUCGACCAAUUCAUUUUUCAGAAAUAG